AUGAAGCAUUUUCGAUUUCCAAUCGUGGCCCUGUGGGCAACCCAAGCCUUCGGACAAGACAUAGCACAGCGCCCCCUCCAUGAAGAAAACCAAGCUGUGAGAGAUGUGCCUCACGUAGUCUCAAAGGACCUUGAUGAAUUUAUUGAGCGAAUUCGGGAGGAGUGGCAUGCUCCAGGUCUAGCCGUUGCAAUUGUCGACGGGAACAACACUUGGGCAAAGGGUUAUGGCUACGCCGUUCUUAAUUCUACACCCGUCACCCCGCACACGCUUUACUACACCGGCAGUACCACCAAGUCCUUCACUGCCGCCGGCAUCUCCCUUCUCAUCGACAAUGCAAGCGCGACCUCGUCAGUGUACCCUGGACUCAGUUGGAAGACGCCGGUAUCCCACGUUCUCCGCGAUGACUUUGUUCUCAGCGAUGAGUGGGCUACGGCUCACAUCACUCUCGAGGACGCUAUGAGCCAUCGGACAGGCUACCCUUCCCAUGAUUUGGCACCGGCUGCUACGGCUCAGGAGACUACCCGCCUGUUAAGACAUCUACCAAUGGCUGCGGAACCACGCACGACCUUCUUGUACAACAACAAGAUGUUCGGGGCCAUGGGCCAUCUUAUUGAGGUCUUGACUGGAUCAUGGCUGGGCGAUUUCUUCCGAGAGUACCUGUGGGAGCCUAUGGGCAUGAACGAGACGUUUUUCUCUCUAAGAGAUGCCGAACAGAGUGGCUUGGUUCUCGCCAAGGAGUACUACUACAAUCCAGAUGACGGAAGCUACCUGCAACUACCGCACGAACCUUCUUCUGGCGAAGAAGGCGCAGGUUCCAUUGUGUCAAACGUCCUCGACUAUGCCAAGUACCUGCGCAUCAUGAUGACCGAGUCCGCGCCGAUCUCCAAGCCGGGACAUCGAGAGGUGAAGACGCCGCGCACUUUGGUGGCUCCUGCGAUGGAACCGUUUACUGGGCCUGUGAGCUAUGCCUUGGGGUGGUACACCGCCAUUUUGGGAGGCGAGCAGGUGUAUUUCCACAGCGGUGGAGUCAACAUGUUUAUCUCGAUGAUGAUGAUGAUUCCUUCGCAGCAGAUAGGCGUGAUCGUCUUCACCAACACGGAUGUCAAGGCUCCGCAGGUGAUUGCGACCCAUAUUCUCUCGGAACACUUGGGAAUUCCUAAAGACAAAAGACCGGAUAUGAACAAACAGUAA